AUGGCCGGCAAGAAGGGAGCCGGUGAGAACAGCAAGAAGGCCGCGGGAAACGCCCGCAAGGCCGAGGCUGCAGCCCAAAAGUCUGCUGCCGAGGAUGCGAAGAAGGCAGCCGCUGAGGAUGCCGAAUGGUCCAAGGGCUCCAAGAGCAACGCAAAGAAGACAUUGGCUGACACGCUGUUUGAUGCCAGGGAGGCGGAAGCCGCCAAAAAGGCCGAGGCAGCCCGCAAGAAGGCUGAGCGUGAAGCCGCGUUGAAAGAGGAGGAGGCAAACACACCGGGGCGAUCCGCGCCUAAGAACGCCAAAACGGCUGUCAAGAAGACCCGCGGACUCGACCUGUCGCAGUUGGACGACAAGCCCAGCGGCUCCCUUGCCGCCCUUAACGCUUCGGGUAUUGACAACGCCCUUGAUGCUCUGUCGCUCACAGGCUCCUCCGAUGCCAAGGUUGACAGACAUCCCGAGAGACGCUUCAAGGCCGCCUACGCAGCCUUUGAGGAGCGCCGACUCUCCGAGAUGGAUGAGGACGGCUCGGGUAAGGGUCUGCGUCUGCAGCAGAGGAAGGACAAGAUCCGAAAGGAGUUUGAGAAGAGCCCCGAGAACCCUUUCAACCAGGUCAACGCCCGCUUCGAUUCCAGCAAGGAGGAAUUGGCGCAGCUGAAGGCCAAUGAGAAGAGCAAGAUCGAGAACAGGCUUGGUUCCAAGUAG